GCCCCACGAUUGCCGUCCGGUGAUGGCACUGCCGACGACCUGGAGCAGCUCCUCGCCGCGGCGCAGUCGGGCACGGCUGCCGCUCGGGCCGAGAAGGAGCAGCCCGCUAUGUGGACGGUCGAGGAGGACUUGCUCAUCGUCGACCUGGUCGAGACGAUCGGCAAGCGCUGGAACCGCAUCGCCGCGGCGCUACCCGGGCGGACCGAGAAUGGUGUCCGCAAUCGUCAGGUGGAACCGCAUGGAGAAGGCGCAGCAGGUGCGGAAAGACAAGGGGGAUGGGCACGGCUACCGGUGCGGCCGGUGCGGGCAGCCCAAGCGCGGGCACAUCUGCCCCGCGCUGACGUCGGGCGAGCGGCUCGAGGGCGAGAACCUGGUCAAGAGGGCCACCGCCCUCUCCGCGAUGGCCUCGAGGAAGAUAAGCGUGCAGCAGGCCGCGCAGGCGCUGGACAAGGAGCGAAAGGCGAAAGGCUCGUCGUCCAGGGGACUCAAGGGGAAGCUGGCCAAGAUGGGCUCGUCGCGGAUCCUCAACGUCGCCGAGCUCUUUGACCUGGUCGCCGGGUCGUCCGACCCGUGAGCGUGCCGAGGACCUCUCCAACGCGGUCGUUAACGGGGGUUGGCAGCCGCUCGCGACGCCUCGGCCCUCGCUCGCUCGCUCGCUGACUGAGUGAGUGAGUGAGGAAGGGGAGACUGAAAGGGGUGCGCGUACUGUUACAUUCACCAUGUGUGUCCAAUCGCUCGCGUACCGGAUUUUUUUUCUCGAGCGUGCUCGGCUGGGUUCCGGCUCCUACCCGGAUAGGGGGUCUGUCGGCACUGACUCGCGCCAAAACGCC